AUGCCUCUUCCCCCCUCCGCUUUGAACCAGAAAAGCAGCCGAGUUUACUCGGUGGCAAGAGUGUACCAGGACGCGUGCGCCAAGAGACCUCAAGAGUACUGGGAUUAUGAACAAGGAGUAACAGUGGACUGGGGCAAGAUCGAGCACUACGAGAUUGUUAACAAGAUUGGCCGUGGUAAGUACUCCGAGGUGUUUCGCGGGAAAAGCGUCGUGAACGACCAAUAUUGUGUGAUCAAAGUUCUGAAACCCGUAAAGCUCAAGAAAAUCUAUAGAGAACUGAAGAUUUUGACCAACUUGACCGGUGGACCCAAUGUGAUCGGCCUGCUGGACAUCGUGCAGGACCCAGGAUCCAAAAUCCCCGCGCUUAUCUUCGAAGAGGUGAAGAACGUGGAUUUCCGUACCCUGUACCCUAAAUUCACGCUGCCAGACCUCCAGUUUUAUUUCACGCAAUUGUUGAUCGCUCUCGACUACUGCCACUCCAUGGGUAUCAUGCACCGUGAUGUCAAGCCUCAGAACGUGAUGAUCGACCCCGUAGAACGUAAAUUGAGGCUCAUUGAUUGGGGGCUAGCAGAAUUCUAUCACCCAGGAGUCGACUACAACGUCAGAGUUGCAUCUCGCUACCACAAGGGACCCGAGCUACUGGUCAAUUUGAACCAGUACGACUACUCCUUGGAUCUGUGGUCCGUUGGCUGCAUGUUUGCCGCCAUUGUUUUCAAGAAAGAGCCCUUUUUCAAAGGUAGCACGAACCCUGACCAAUUGGUCAAAAUCGCUCGUGUUCUUGGAACUAAUGAGCUCCUGGCAUACCUACGCAAAUAUGGGCUGAAGCUCCCUCACGAGUAUGACGAUAUCAUGAAAGAAUUCCCGCGCAAGAACUGGUCAGACUUCAUCACCCACGACAGUGCUCUUGUCAAGCCGGAAGUGGUGGAUUUGAUUGACAAUCUGCUAAGAUACGACCACCAAGAAAGACUCACGGCUCAAGAAACACUGGCUCACAAGUUUUUCAAGACGGACUACACCCAAUAA